AUGAAGAAAUCUAAAGAGGAAUUCAGUCAAGCCACUUCAGUACCGGAAAGAUCAGGAAAAAGUAGGCCAAGACAAUUUGAUUACAAAGCAUCUGACAGACCUGCUGUUAGUGUGGAAGAAGAAGUGGAACAGAGGGAGAAACAGAAAAUUCUUCCUCAAAAAGAAAGACGCUCUGGUCAGAGCAGUGCUACAGGGGCUACUCGUUCGGGUAUGAAAGAUACUACUAGCCAAUCAGAAGUUAGGGCUCCUGCUCGUACUUAUGCCAUUCGAGCAAGAGAAGAAGCAACAGUUCCAGAUGUAAUUGCUGGAAAUGAGGCUUAUUUAGCCUAUAUUCUUGAUACUCGAAGUUCUAAAUCAAAGUUAGAGCAACUAUCUGUUGUAAAUGAAUUCAUGGAUGUAUUUCCUGAAGAAUUACUAGGUUUACCACCCGAUAGAGAAGUUGAGUUCGUGAUAGAUGUGCUUCCGGGAACAGCUCCCAUAUCAGUGACACCGUAUAGAAUGGCUCCAGCAGAAUUAAGAGAGUUAAAAGCGCAGUUGCAAGAACUAUUAGACAAAGGGUUUAUCAGACCGAGAUGGUUCAUUGAGGCUGUGCAUAGAUUACAGGCAAUUGAAUAA